AUGUUCAGCAGACUCGCUAGGCCGGGCGCUCUGCGCGCGGCGUCAUUCCAGACACCUACCUCCGCCCUGCGAUUCCAGACCCGCGCCCUGCACCGCAUCCCUCAAUUGCAGCAUGAUGCUUAUUACAAGGAGAAUGGUGUUCCUGAGUUUAUGUCUCCCGAGGCUUUCGACUUCUCCUGGACCCAGUAUCAGACUCUCCUUGUGGAUAAGCUCAACCUGUUGACGCAAGACACCGUCGAUGCGGACGCUAAGCCUGGAGAGUUGCUGGUCAAGUACUCCAAGCGCCCGGAGAUGGCCUCGGUCUUCAACUAUGCCUCCAUGGCUCACAACAACCACUUCUUCUUCAACUGCCUGUCCCCCACUACCACCAAGAUCCCCGAAAAGUUCGCCAAGGACAUCGUCGACACCUGCUCCUCUGUCGAAUCCCUGAAGAUGGACUUCCUCGCCACAGCCAACGCCAUGUUCGGCCCCGGUUUCGUCUGGCUCGCCAAGAACCUCGAACGCGAAGGCCUAAUGCAAAUCUUCUGCACCUACAACGCCGGUUCGCCCUACCCGGCCGCCCACUCCCGACGCCAACCCGUCGACAUGGCCACACACUCGCCCGACGCACCCCUCGGCAACCAAUUCGCCGGCUCAAUGGGUGCCCACGCCCAGAACCAGAAGAGCCUUGCCCCCGGUGCUAUUGACGUGCAGCCCAUUCUGUGUGUUAAUACCUGGGAGCAUGCGUGGAUGAUGGACUAUGGUAUUGCUGGGAAGGAGGAGUACCUCGAGCGGUGGUGGGAUCGGAUUAACUGGGAUGUGGUGUUUGACAACUACAAUGCUAUUAGCUCGGUGAAGGGGGCGCGGAGCACGGCUAACCGGGAUCGGAGUCUGAGCAUGCUUUAA